CCGAUCAAAAUAUUGUGGGGGGAUAAAAUCAUGGAACAAAUGCAAUCAUACAAACAGUGAUAACCGGAUAAACCCUCGUGCAUUCGUUUGAUAGCGAUUGGUUGUUUGUUUCGAAUAAACCAAUUUUGAAAUACCUACUAUAAAAUUGUACAUAUAUUCGUGGUCCGUGUGAUUUCGCAGUAUUUUCAAUUCGUAUUCCAUCAAUUUGAAUUCUUUAUUUUUUUGAUACUUAUUGUGCACAAGUUACAUUUUGAAAUCAUGGACAAUUUAGGUAACGAAGUUAUUAUAAAAGUUAAGGAAGCCAUCCGAGAAAAACUUAAAGAAAUGAAUGCAAAUAGCAGUGAUGAGAUAAUAGAUUAUAUUAUGCUAUUAGUUACAACUAAGAAAUCCAGUGCAGAGCUCGCUAAAAGUAUUGAUUUUGUAAUGGAAAAUAAUACCAAUAUUUUUGUGAAAUGGUUGUCAACUAUAAUUAAAAAACUGCAACAAGUUACCGUGUCAACAACAGAAAAAAAUGUACCUGAAAAUGUAUCCAAAGACAAUAAAACAGCUAAUAAAAAAUAUCAAAGCGAUGAUAUUUUAAUUUGUGAAACUAAUGAUGUAAAGUUGGAUGAUUCUAAUAAAGAAAAAGAAUUAAUGUUCAAUUUAAAUAUUGAAAAUCGGAGCAUAAAAACAUCUGAUGAAGAAAAGAAAGAAAAGUCUUUUGAAUUAUGUGAACUGGAAAAGUAUGAUGAAAACAAAAUAUCCUCUCCAGUCAAAUCAAAUGAAAUAAGACCAAGAAUAUGUUUUUCUCCUGAAAAAAUAAUAAAAACCAAAAAUAACAUAUGUUUAAAUUAUAACAAUUCUUGUUAUAAAUCUUUACAUGUAAUGAAAAAUACUUCUAUAAAAAGCAAUUCAAAUAUUUUAAACAUUGGUGAUGUUCCAAACAAAAAUAACACUGAUGGUAAUAUUAAAAGGGAUGUUAAAAAGAAAAGACCUCGAAUAUCAAUAAACAGUGAUGAUGAAGAUGAAAAAAAUAUUAGUAUUAAAAAUCCAAUUACAAUUAAAGAACCAGCUAAACAAAUUACAAAAGGAUUGCUAAAGAAAAAUAAUAAAAUAUCUAUGUCUCAAAUUAUAGUUGUUAAACCACCGGAAUCUAAAAAUGAUAUUGGUAAGAUCAAAGAGAAGCUAUUAAUGCAUGAUUUAAUUGUACAGCGUAUAGAUCAUCAGCGAGGUGCUCUAGCUUUAGAUACUGCUUUUAAGUAUAUUCAACAACAAAUCGGAGCGUCAGAUAAAGAAAUUACAGUUAUAAAAAAAUGGAGAGAUUAUGCUGUCGAAAUGUUACGUCAUAGCGAAAAAGCUUAAAGAUGUACUAAUAAUAGUUAUUCAAAAUUUUAUUCUAAUAAACAUUUUUAGGUUUUUUU